CUUACACCAAAUUUGUCGUGAAAUUGUUUCAAAGUUGCAAGCAAAGCAGUAUGCUUCUUUUGAACAAACAGUGAGAUGCCCCCUCCGACGCACAAGUCUUGGAGCGCAUCAAGAAAGCUCGAUCACUUCAUGCGAAAGCCCUGUUCCGUGAGUUACAAGACAUAGACCUCAGAUCUGCCCCAAUGUCGGAGCUGUUUUUUCAGAAUCUGGACGAGCUUGAACCGCUAGCCGAGCAAGUGCUGCCCAAGACGGUGUUUGGCUACUAUGCCAGCGGCAGCGAAACGGAGUCAACGCUGAGGGACAAUCGAGCAGUGUUCAGCCGCUACCGCCUGAUGCCCAGGAUGAUGGUUGAUGUAUCCAAUGUUGACACCACCUGCACGCUGCUCGGGCGGGAGUUAGCAUAUCCAGUAUUGAUUGCGCCGAUGGCGAUGCAGUGCAUGGCCCACCCGGAUGGCGAACUGGCAGUGUCCAGGGCAGCUGCUGCAGAGGGCAUUCCCAUGGUCCAGUCAACCAUGGGCACGGUGGGUCUAGCGGACGUGCGCCAGGCUGGCGCCGGGGGGCCCCUCAUGUUCUUCCAGCUGUACGUCUUCAAGAACCGCGCCUUUGUGCGACAGCUCGUGCAGCACGCGGAGCGCUCGGGCUACAAUGGUCUGAUGGUGACAGUGGAUGCGCCAUUCCUGGGAAAACGCGAAGCCGAUGAGCGCAACAACUUCAAACUGCCGGACGGUCUGCGGCUGGCGAACCUUGAGGGGCUGGGUGCCAAUCUAGGCAAGGAGACGGCCUCGAAUCCAAGUUUUAAUCCUGUUGAUGCCAAUUCAGUCGCCGGGGCAGCCACCAGAGAUGCGGCAGUCCACGACGCCGGCGAAGGCUCCGGAGUGUCGAAGCAUUUCAGCGACAACAUUGAUGCCAGCCUCACCUGGGCGUUUGUUGCCUGGCUUCGCAGCGUCACAUCCCUGCCCAUCUUUGUCAAGGGCAUUCUCUCGGCGGCGGAUGCAGAGAGGGGGGUGGAUGCGGGGGUGGAUGGCAUAGUGGUUAGUAACCACGGCGGCCGCCAGCUGGACACCGCCCCCGCCAGCCUGGACGCGCUGCCGGCAGUGGCGGCCGCCGUCGGCAAAAGGGUCCCCGUGCUGAUGGACGGGGGAAUACGCCGAGGCACCGACAUCAUCAAGGCGUUGGCGCUGGGAGCGGAUGCGGUUCUGCUGGGCAGGCCAGUGCUGUGGGGCCUGGCCCUGGGCGGGCAGCAAGGCGUGCAGAAGGUACUGGAGACACUGAGAAAGGAGCUGCGGCUGAGCAUGGCACUUAUGGGCUGCCCAUCGCUGGCGCACCUGAACAGGCGCAUGGUGCUUGUUCCCUGGGAGCAUCCCAGCGCACGUCUGUAA